ACAGGCACAGCACGCGAGAAUUUGAACUAGAGAAACAUGUCCUCACGGCGACAUGCCAUGCCCGUGGUCUUGGUCCUAGCGCAUGCCGUCCUUGCACUGGCACUCGAACGCGCCGCCGCUGGUCCAGGCGAGGUCCCUGCGGUGAUUGUGUUCGGCGACUCCACCUCGGACACUGGCAACAACAACUUCAUCCAGACCGUAGCCAGGGGCAACUACGCUCCGUACGGGCGGGAUUACGCCGGCGGCGUCGCCACCGGCCGCUUCUCCAACGGCCGCCUCCCCGCCGACUUCGUCUCCGAGGCGCUGGGCCUGCCGCCAUCCGUGCCGGCGUACCUCGACCCGUCCCACACCAUCCACCAUCUCGCCUCGGGCGUCAGCUUCGCCUCCGCAGGCUCCGGGCUGGACAACAUAACCGCGCAAAUCCCGUCGGCGAUGACCCUGAGCGAGCAGAUCGACCACUUCAGGCAGUACACGGAGAGGCUGAGGCGGGCGAGAGGCGAGGCGGCGGCGCGCCACAUCAUCGCCGGCGCCCUCUACAUCUUCAGCAUCGGCGCCAGCGACUUCAUGCAGAACUACCUCGUGUUCCCCGUCAGGGGCUACAGCUUCACCCCGGCGGAGUACGAGGCGUACCUCGUCGGCGCCGCGGAGGCGGCCAUACGGGCGGUGCACGGGCUCGGCGCGCGCGCGGUCACCUUCGCCGGCCUGCCGCCGCUGGGGUGCCUGCCGCUGGAGAGGGCCGUCAACCUCCACAGACCGGGGGACUGCAACGAGGCGUACAACAUGAUGGCCAUGAGCUUCAACCGCAGGCUCGAGGGGAUGCUGGGCAGGCUCGGCCGGGAGCUGCCCGGGGCGCGGGUGGCGUACGUCGACCAGUACGGCCUCCUGUCGGCCAUGAUCGCCAGGCCGUGGGAGCAUGGUUUUGAGAGCUCGGCCCAAGGAUGCUGUGGCAGUGGCACGGGGUAUGUGGAGACGGGGGCGCUGUGGGGCUUGGACAGCGCGCUGGCGUGCGACGACGCCGGCAAAUACGUCUUCUUCGACGCCGUCCAUCCGUCUGAGAGAGCGUACAGGAUGGUAGCCGGCGCAAUCCUAAAUGCUAGUACGUCCCACUCGCGCUCGCACCGGUUCCACUGACGCUUCUCCGAAUUCGGACGUCAGAUACACAGUUCCUAGAAUGAUGGAGGCAGAUUCCAUACAUGUAAAACAAACAAGUAAAAAGUCUAGGGACCAACUGCAACACGAUGUUGGAAGUAAACCCAACGUCCGGUCUGAUUAGUACUCCGUGUCCAACUAGUAUAUGAGUUAGUUGCCGUGUAGGAGUAACUAGGCAGGCUAGCUGCCAUUUAUACCCGUGCAAGUCCCUUGUAAACCAAACCGUGAGUUGAAAAGAAGCACUUCGUCGAGUUCAGUCAGCGAGUUGGUUCGUCAUCGGUCGUUGUUGUAGUCGGAAAUUACUCGGCGUCGGGACUGAACCAACGCACGAUCGAAAGAAACAGUGUAGCGAGCAACUGGGCUUUGUAGAUGCAGCCCAGAAAGAAGCUACGUAGGCGCCAGAUCUCCUAAUUCAAAUGGCCUUUCCCCAACCCGGCCGUCAAUCCAAACCAACCGCUCCCCUCCUGAAACCCUAACCUCUUCUUCUCUCUGCGGCGAUGGUUGCUAGCAAUUUCAGUCCGACCGAGCAGCAAAUCGAUAAGCAGCCCACGUUCGUUGAGCUGGUGCGUGGCACUGACCGGUGUAAACUGGCUGAUCUGCACACGGAAAAAGUUAAGGCACUCUUGAUUUACGAUCCCAAGAGGAAAGCUGUAGUCCCUAGCCGUUUCUGCAGCUUCCACCUGGCCAGCUUCGACCAUGAUGAAGAAACAAAAGUUCCACUUGGGCCACCAUAUGAAUCUGAUGCGGCUGAUAUGGCGGGUUCAUCCAUCAAUGUCAUCUCCUUGAGGGUUGUUAAAGCUGGCCCUGAGCACACAUACCCGGUCGAGGUUUAUGGUAGAGUUAUUGCGAGGGAUGAGGUUGACUACAAAUCUGUCUUUCUGUUUGAUCGUGAAAGGAAGGAUGCCCAGUUCAUCAAUUCGGAGAAAGAUAUGUUAGCUCUGACAGGUCCACGCCGAGCAUUGGUUACUGAUGGCUUGAUGUGUUUCGAGUUCGAUUUAAAGGUCAAGGGCAAGGGUGGGCCUGAUCGUGAUGUACAGUUCAGCAAAGGUGUAAUACUCUACCGUCACAACUUCUACAACAAGCGCAUGAUCAGUCAGCUACCUAGUUUCUAGAGUACAGUGAAAUUGGUAUUGCAACAUGUGGCAUCUCCAAUGGCAGCUAGUGUUGAAGUCAGUCUUGUGAAAAAACAACAGCUUGGUGAUCGUGCUGAACACUUCAACGGUAAAAUAACAGUUGGGACUACUAGAAAUUAUAGACAGCAUAUGGUUGUUUAUUAUAGUAGUCUGCCUAGUGGGGACUUGGUGACGGAAACUGGCUCCCUUGUGUUGGAUCGUAACCUGUUAGCUGUCCCGCGGCGUAUACGAGACAACACACUCAAGGGAGAUGAACAAGAGACGAUCUAUGUGUGUUUUCUUGGUGCUGGUUCUGAGAUUGAGGAUGAGGAUUAUAUCAGGCCUGAGGAAGAAGAUGAAGAUGAGGAUGACAUUACGUCUGACGAAGAAGGCAGAGAGGAACCUGAUGAAAUGGAAAGCGCGGGUGCAGAGGAGGACGGGGACGACCCUACUAAUCUUGUUGCUCUCAAAUACCCUCUGAGUGAGACUCUGUGCGAAUACGGCUUCCUCAAGCUGAAAGUGAAGGUUCAUUGGACUGCUAUCAUUGAGGCGCCGCUGCAUGGUGAAUUCUUGACAAGAUUGGGUGUCCUCCCAGAAGGUUAUAAGUUGCCUGAUUAUCGACGGGGUUCGGCCGAUGGUUCUUUCUGUGAGUGAGUGUUUGUAUUUUCCUGGUUUUCUAUGCUUAUUCUCGUGGUUGAACGCUGAUGUAAUUAUUGGAGGGCAUGGCAGCCUCUCCCUUACCUA